UGGAACAUUGUUAAAAAAAUGGCGAGCAACAUUUCAAACUAUCAAAUACAUAAAACGCCAUAUGUACAUCAUAAUUUAUGAAAGAUAUAUUCAUUUUAAAUAUGCUCUGUACUUCCUCUGAACUCCGAUUUUCUUUUCUUCUUAGAUCUAUUCAUUCAAGCAAUGUGUUAAGAUUUUUUCCUCAGGAUUUAAUUAUAUACUUAUUUUAAAUAUACAAAAGUCACACAAUGGUCAACAUCGCGCAAUUACAAUGAACAGACUUGCAUUAUCAGCAAUCUUGCGUGACUGCAUCAGACUAACCUAGACUAACCUAUUUCGACAUUGUUUUGUUUCAUCUGCACUUUCUGCACUCUAUUGCCCGCAAAUGUUCACAAGGCAUACAGUUUUGCGCCAACGAUUGUGUAGGUAGAUGUUCAUCUUCAAAAUCUGAAAUAAACAAGUGGAAAUACAUACUAGAUUCUCUCCAAUAUAGUAUUUAAUUAUUAGACGUUAAAGAUGACUUCAUUCGGCCGUGGUCGCGGAUGGGUAAUUCAAAAUCAGAACAAGGACCAGGUUCUACGUAGACCGGGCAGUGCAAACAAUAUUGUUAAAGAUAUAACAGAUAAAAUAAUCAAUUAUGAUGUAUGCCAACACAUUUCGCCACAGCUAAUUCAGGAGAUUAUAGAUCUGAUGACUAGUACAUUUGACAAGAACAGCCUGAAAGAUACGUGUGAUGCUCUUUGGAAACAAGCUAUACAUCAAGACUCUCUUACUACAAAAAUAGCAGUACUAUUCAGCAAUAACAAAAUUUUGCUGGUAGAAGAUAAUAACAAAGAGACUAUACGUAGUCGUUUUUUACGUUUCUUGCAAGAGAAUUAUAUGGCUAGAGAAAAAAAUAAAGUAGAGGAUAAAAAGGUAUUUGCAAAUGUAAUUCUACUUCAUGCAGAAGUUUAUUAUCGCAUGAGGCUGAAUGAUGGCAACAGACUGCAGAUAUUAGCUGAGCCAUUGAUUCAUUACUUAGAAGAUUUAUUACAAGACAAUUCUAAAAGUAAUAUUUAUUUCAUUAUGAUACAGAUUCUUAGAUCUGGGAAAGAUCUUCAUGCGGCAUGUCCAGAAAGAUUAGAAAGCUUAAUGAUGACUAUUAGACAAAUGUUAAUACAAGACAAAAGUUACAAUCUUACAAAUCGUACAGUGUUAUUGUUAAUGGUUGAGUUAGCCAAUAACAACUACGAAAUCACGAAUGCACAAGUGAAGCACUUUUAUCAAUCAAAUAUCAAGACUAUUUCUUUUGAAUACCCAUUUUCUCAAGAAGAAAUAAAAGUGGUCGCAGAGGCAAAGACUGAAAAUGGUAAUCAAUUGCAAGAAGUUGAUAACAACCAACAAUUUAUAAGAGAAGAAAUGACUAAUGAUACAUUUGAGCAAGGCAAUUACUCGAAAAGUGCUAAUGUCCCCAGAGCAAUACGUGGAACGGGCGCAUUAAAUAAGGAUAAAUCAAAGAGAGGCAGUAUUAGCACAAAAUUAACUUCUUUGAAAUUAACACCACCAAGGCAGAAGAACAAAGGCUGGGAUCAUGAUGAUAGGUUUCACAAAGAUUAUGAAUAAUAUGUAUAUUGUAUAAAGCUAUCACCAACUAAUGCAGCAAAUAAGUAUAAUCAUAAACAACAUUUUGCAAAAAGAUAAGAUAUAUAUGCCGACGUAAUCAAAGUAUGAAAAGAAUCAUUAAGGAAAUUAUUUGGAAAAAAUGUAAAGUUUGUUUCUUAUACAACCGAAGAAGAUACCUGUCAACGCAAUCAAACUGAAAAAACAUAUUUAAGUGUGUUUUUCACUACAGAUGAAGAAAACGGUUGUACACAUUUUCAUAUUAUAAGUGAGUGAGAUGUGACUACUCAGUUACUAUCGAAUUAUGGUCUUUGUAUAUAUAUAAUAUAUAUAAUUUUAUUGUAUAUAUAAUAUAUAUAUAUAUAAUUUUAUGAUCAUAUAGAUAUAAUCUCAUACAGAUACUCAUAACAUCACAAGUUUUAUAUAAAUAAGUGAUUUACUUGUCGACUUGCAUCACUAGUUCAACAUUUCGUUAUUUUUUAGCGUUAUUAUUGAAAGAAAAACCAAAUUGAUAUUUUCUUAAGAACUUUUUUUUAAUUUUUUUACUGUAAGUUUCCGUAUAAAGACAUAAUUAUCAAUGAAAUAUGAAAGUCAUUUUAGAAAAUAAGCCAAAUAUAAUGCAUUAUAAGAAUUUUGGAGCACAAUUCAGCUAUAUUAUCCUCAGUAUUAUAAAUGUACCCUUUUUGCCUUACAUUUUCAUUGUAACAUAAUAUUCAAGAUUAUCUAUGUACAAUUUACUUACCAAUUUACAUCGACGUAAAUGUAUACAUAUUCUUCAAUGUAUAUGUACAAAUAAACAUGCAUCUAUUCCUA